GUUUGGGAGGCGGAGGCAGCGGCAGGAGUCAGAAACUCUGAAUAAGGUAUCCACCUGCCUGCUCUUCCUCACUCCGCUGACGAGCUUUCGGACUUUCCACACCGCUUCUAAACUGUAGUGAGACAGCUGCCGGCCAUAUUUGUAGAGCUCAGACUUACUUUAACUGCUCAUUAUUUGAAGCUCUCCACAUAGAUUUCCACGAACUCCACGAAGCGACCUUUUUCCAAAGGAUGGAUUCUGCUGCUUUCCUUUUGCUGGUUCUGGUCAGCGCCGGGACGCUGGUCCGAGUGAAGGGUACAGCAAGUUUGACUGCUUUGUAUGGAGAAACCAUUGUUCUACCAUGCAAUGGUGGAGCUCCAGUACCUAACGGUCUGAUGUUCAUCAAAUGGAAAUAUGAGAAAGAUGAUGGCUCACCCGGCGAUCUGUUAAUCAAACAGACCCGCAGUGACCAAGCCACAGUUCAGGCCACGGACGAUUACGCUCGACGGGUCAGCAUUAAUGAGAAAUUCAGCCUGCUCAUCACUCAGGCCUCACUCAAAGACCAGAGGACUUUCACCUGCAUGGUGGUGUCAAUUGACAGCCUCAUGGAGUAUCCCGUCUCUGUUGUUGUUUACAAGAAGCCAUCAUCAGUGCAGAUUAUGGACAAGAAUGAAGUAUUACAGAAAGAUAAAUUAACAACGGUGGGAACGUGUGUUGUGGCAGACGCAAACCCUGCAGCCACUGUCACGUGGAGCAAGAAUGGACAGCCUUUGGAAGAUAAUCAAAAAUCUGUUGUGAUCAGCAGCAGCUUGAAGCUGGAUCCUGGGACAGGCCUGUCAACCACCUCCUCCACGCUCCAGUAUGCAGCCACCAAGCAGGACGCUGGUGCGGUCUUUGCCUGUGUGUCCACACACAAGCUGAUUAAUAAUCAGAGUGCCCUGGGACCUUCUUCUGUCCACUAUCCAUCUGAGAACAUUAGUCUCCAGAUUCUGUCCCAGGGGCCCAUUAUAGAAGGAGAUAAUGUGACGCUGAAGUGUCGCGCUGAUGGCAACCCUCCACCCAGCUCCUUCUUCUUCUACAUUAAGGGCACGAAGACGCGGGUUGAAAACUCAGACAACUACACUGUAACUGCCAUCAGCAGAGAGGCUGCAGGUGAAUACAAGUGCUCACUGGUUGACAACGAGAAGAUGGAGGCCUCUGAGAACAUCGUUGUUAGUUACCUGGACCUGAGUCUGAGUCCCAGUGGAAAGGUUGUGAAGAGCGUGGGGGAAACCUUAUCUGUGAACAUGGAGACGAGUUCCUCGGGUGAUGCUAAAGUUUUAUGGAUGAAGGAUGGAAAGACAGUGAGCAGACCAGAGUUCAGUAAUUUGACCUUUGCCGAUGCUGGAGACUACAGCUGUGAGGUUUCGAUGAGUGGCCUGACACGGCGUCAGAGCUUUCAACUAGUUGUAGAAGGGGCGCCUGUGAUCACCAGCCUGACCGCACACCACGAUGCUGAUGGCAAACACCAAGUCCUGAUCUGUGAAGCUGAGGGAGUACCAAAACCCAGCGUCCAGUGGAGCAUCAACGGCACACAUGAGAAGAGCUCCUACACCAAUGGCAGGGCGAUUCAUAAGAUCACUGUAACCCCCAAGGGGAACAUGACUGUCACUUGCAACGCCAUCAACACGCUGGGAAGAGCUGACAGGACCAUCAAUAUUUCCUCUGUUUUUAAAGAAGAGAUGGAAGGAAGAGAAUCUUCAGAGGACCAGGUUCAGAUAAGGGUCAUAGUGGGUGUCGUGGCAGGAUUAAUGAUAGCUGGUAUAAUCACAGCGGGACUCAUCUACUGUCUCUACAUGAAGAAAAGACGAGGAAGCUUUAAAACAAAGGAGAUGGGAACAUCUGAGGAGAGCAAGAACCUAAAGGACAACAAUCAAGCUGUUUAAUGGCACUCAGGCUAUAUUAUGCACCCGAAGAGAGACAACUGGGGAGAAGAAGAAGUUGACAGCAGCCUUGCAACAUCAAAACAGACUCUCAGCUUGUUGCUGACUCGCUGCCUCCAGUCGACGCGUCCACAAGUCCUGCCCACAGUCUGCUGUCCCGUCUCACUGUUUAACAGCUCCACUGAAGCUGCCUCGUCUUACUGUCAUGUUCCUUGUUAUGUUUUGCUUUAUGGCAACUUCAUUUUUCCUUUGGGACACUUUUAUUGUUGUUAUUAAAUUUCUUCACAGAAUGUAAAUUCCUUGUAAACUUCAGCCUGCGUAAUUAAUUAUAUUUAUUUGUAUGCAGACGCUUAUUUUUAUUUUGAGUACACUGUGUGUGGAGAAGCCUUUGUAUGCUGUGCUCAGAGAAAAAGACACUUAAUUGCUUUAUAACCUUACUGAAACUGUCCUCAACCUCACCAUCUCAUCACCUUCUAAUUUAUGUUCUCUGAUUUUUUAAACAAUGUUUUAUAUUUGGUUUAUGGAUUUCUUUAACAGUCCUAGCUAUAGUUAGAUUAUUGAAAAGAAACAGGAUGUACACAUGGAGUUUGCUGUAGCUGUGUCCCUAAAAGACUUUAUCUGCAGUUGUGUAAAUUGGGUUUCCAAUUCCCUCGACUAAUUAGUUGUUUUUAUGAAAUCACAAUAUUUUUUCCCAGAUCGGCUCCUUUUGCAUUUUGUCUGAUGCAGAGAUUUUGAAUUCCUUCGUUUUGCAGAAAUGAAUUUGCCCGUUGUAAUUCUGUUUAAAACACUACAUUGUCUCUGCACAUCUGCUUUGAAGUCCUUGAAUAUGAGACCAUGCUUUGGAAAUACAUUUUCAGUUUGGUUUUUUAUGUUUCAUUUGUUUGUUUUUUGAUCUUAUUUAUGCUAGGUCUGAAUGCUCUGUUUUUAUAUUUUAUGUGUUUAUAGUUUCUGUGCAGCCUGUCCUGAUGGCUGCACCUGUGUUGAAUGCUGUAUUAAUAAGUUUGUUUGUAGCUCAGAGGAGUGAAGGAUAAUAGGUGGAUUGGCAGAUCAGCUGUGGUGCAUAAAGAUGGGUUUUCUGGCUCAUCCCAAAGUAAUCUCAGUGACCAGAUUGCAGUAAUGGCUUUUUACAUUUGGGGUUCUUUUUGAGCACAACUGUUCAUUUUACAGUGCAAUAACUUACUGAGUACAUUUGAUUUGUUAUAAAUGAUGACACAGAAGUAUCACUGGUCAACCUCAGCAUAAACGUUAAAGGAUGAGUACAGGUACUUUGACUCGUGCCAAAGCUUCAAAUCGUGUUGGCUAACAUGAAGGAAACAUGGGUCCAUUUGUCUCUUGGUCAGUUUUUCAAACUGUAGCAAAGAGACAUUUUUUUCAAUUUAUUCUUAUUAUUAUUAAUAAUCCCCCAUUAAUAAUGACAAUAGUUCUAUGUUGUGCACAAAUUUCUGAUGCAUAAUUCUGCUAUCAGAUGACAUCAAACCAGUAGGUCAACAUUUUUAAGCAGCAAGUCGGUCUUUUUCCUCAUGCCAUAUUUUCCUUUAUAAAUAAUCAGGUCAGCACUGAAACCAAAGAGUACAACUGUAGUGCUGUGAAUACACACAUUUUCAUACUGUUGUUGACAAUAAAUUAAAUUUAAAAUUUG